GUCCGGACUUGGCGUGGCGGCUGCGAAGACGUGGUUUGGUUUUUGAUUGUUGGCUGUGUUGCGGGUGGUGGACUGACACUGUUGUGGUUGACCGUUCGAGAUGGCGAUGGUGUUUCUGCAUGACUUCCUUGAGCUCAAUGAUGAGUUUUCACAAGAGUUCAAGGACAUGCUGAAGAAGAUUGGAGACGUGGAUGCAGAACACCAAGAUCACAUGGACAGUGCGCGACAAGCGGCAGAGAAGUUCUUCAAGGAUGCGCCCAAACUACCAGCAGAGGAAGAGGAAGCACGAGUGAAGACAUGGCUCAAUCAACUGCUCGAGGCGAAGAAGUUGUGCCAGGACAAGAAGGCAAUGGCACAACACGCCGGCGCUCGGCUCGACAAGCUGUUGAAACACCUGGACGGCAAACUCCUUGACUUUGAGAAGGAGUUGGAGGCAUCAAAUCCGGGCUGCACCGUCAAACUCAAAGAGCAAUCCCUCUUGCUGGACACGGAGGAAUCGCCUUACCUUGUUGCAAAGGGCCGAGGAUAUCUGAGCAGAGGCAGAUCAAGCAUGACACCGAGGAAGACGCAAGCACGAAAGGCCGAGACGGCCGCUGCAGAGGAGGAAGACUCAACCCUGUAUUGCAUCUGCCGCCAGCUCUCCCACGGCGACAUGAUCGGCUGCGACAACGAUAAUUGCGAGAUCCAGUGGUUUCACCUGCCGUGCGUCGGGCUGACGGUUGCACCGGAGGGCAGCUGGUACUGCCCUAUGUGCUUGCGCGACAUGCAGCUGGCUGCGGAGAAGAAGAAGAAGCAGCAGCAGCAACAACAACAGCAGCAGCAGCAAUCAGGCGAACCAAAGAGGAAGAAGAGGAAGUAGGCAGGCACUUUGGUGGUGGUAGUGGUGUGGUUGGUGGGGCGGCCACCAUCUUGAAGGCGCUCUGGCAACCCCACACAACUGCAGUCAUUAAACAUAAGCGACAGUUCCGAUACAUCACCCAC